AUGGAAGAAGAAAGUCUGGGAGAAGAUCUUACUGUGGUUCAGGUGAACUUUGACGCUGAUGAAAUGGAGGGCUACGUGGAAACAAUAAAUACGCUUGAGGGUCUGGGUUCUUACACUUACCACUUAAGAAAUCUUGAUCUGGACCUUGCAAAUAGAACUACUCCACCAGCUAAGCCUUCUAUUCUAGAGGAGGACAGAAAGUCGAGUGUUGAACAACAGCGGAGAUUGAACCAUAACAUGCAAGAGGUUGUGAAAAAAGAGUUCAUAAAUUUCUUAGAUGUUGAGGUAGUGUAUCUGAUUGCAGGCAGCAAAUGGCAUAUUUGCAUGGACUAUAGGAAGCUGAAUACAACCACUUGUAAAGACCACUUUUCCAUGCCGUUCAUAGAUCAGAUACUGCAUAGGCUGGCUGGGAGGAUGUCAAUCUUUUCUGACAUGGUAGAUGACAUCUUGGAGGUAUUUAUGGAUGAUUUCUCUGUUGUGGGCGAUUCAUUUGAUGAUUAUCUUGACCAUCUGGGUCAAUACCAAAAGGCAUUUGAUGAAUUGAAGGAGCGUCUCACUUCUGCUCCUGUUAUCGUUACUCCUAAUUGGUCCCUGCCUUUUGAGUUGAUGUGUGAUGCGAGUGGUUUCACGAUAGGUGCUGUGCUUGGCAAGAGACACAAUAAAAUUAUGCACCCGAUCUACUAUGCUAGUGGGACUAUUAAUGCGGCGCAAAUGAACUACAUUGUGUCUGAGCAAGAGAUGCUUGCUAUAGUGUCUGCUUUUGAGAAGUUUAGAUCUUAUUUGUUGGGGGCCAUGAUUGUGGUGUACACAGAUCAUGCUACGUUGAGAACCUGCGCUGAUAAUAUUAUUCGGCGUUGUAUUCCAGGGAGUGAGGUUUUGGAGAUUUUGCAGGCUUGCCACGACUCUUCUGUUGGGGGACAUCAUAGUGGUACGAGGACUGCUGCAAAGGUUCUUGAAUGUGGUUACCAUUGGCCUACUCUCUUUCAUGAUGCUAAUUUGAUGGUACGUUCUUGUGAUCAGUACCAACGACAGGGGAAUAUUAGUAGGAGGCAAGGGAUGCCUAUGAACUUGGUAAUGGAAAUUGAGGUAUUCGAUGUUUUGUGGAUUGAUUUUAUGGGGCCCUUUGUAAGCUCUUCUGGCAUGAAGUACAUCUUGGUGGCUUUUGACUAUGUUUCUAAAUGGGUACAAGCGGUGGUUUUACCUGAUAACGAAGCCAAGAGUGUGAACGGGCAAAGGGUGAAGCAUUACUAUGGUUGCAUUUUGGGGGAUAAAAUUGUCGAUCGAUAUCGGUUGAAGCAUCUGGGAACGAAUCCUGACCCAGAGUUUUAG